AUGGUGCAGUUUGAGGCCAUGUGGCAGACAGUGAUGCAGGAGCUGGAGAAGGAGGCAGAGAAGAGUCUCUCCACACCCGAACAGCUCAAGAAACACCAGCAGACACCCACAGGGAAGAAAUCUCACUGCUGCUCUGACUGUGGGAAGAGAUUCAACUCUUCAGGAGACCUUAAAAUACAUCAACGAAUUUACACUGGAGAGAAACCUCAUGGCUGUGAUGAAUGUGGGAAGAGUUUCAUUCAGCUACAAACCCUGAAAUCACACCAGAGAAUACACACUGGAGAGAAACCUUUUGGCUGUMAUCAAUGUGGGAAGAGUUUUACUCAGCWAAACAGCCUGAUAGUACAUCAACGGACACACACKGGAGAGAAACCUUAUAGCUGUAAUCAAUGUGGGAAGAGAUUUUCAACAUCUAGCUAUCUAACUAUACACCAGAGAACACACACAGGAGAGACACCGUAUAGCUGUGAUCAAUGUGGGAAGAGUUUUACUCAGCUAAACAACCUGAUAGUACACCAGCGUACACACACAGGAGAGAAACCUUAUGGCUGUGAUCAGUGUGUGAAGAGUUUUUAUACAUCUAGCCAGKUGACUUCACACCAGAGAACACACACAGGAGAGAAAUCUUAUAGCUGUAAUCAGUGUGUGAAGAGUUUUUAUACAUCUAGCCAGCUGACUUCACACCAGAGAACACACACAGGAGAGAAAUCUUAUAGCUGUGAUCAAUGUGGGAAGAGUUUUACUACAUCGGGGCGUUCAGGCAGCUGCACGGUCCCUGACCUUACUUCUUACGAGGCAGGAACUAAGGGAUCCAUCAUAAAACCCCAGGAAGAGUAG